AUGCAGAACAUUUACCUCCCUCCAGAAAUCCUCUCCGACAUCUUUUCCGAAUUACUCAGAGUCGAAUAUGGCGAUAGCCUUUCGCUUCUUCAUCCCUCACGACCCCCACUCUCCUUGGAAUGCGUUUGCAAGCAAUGGCGAGACGUAGUGGGUUCGACGCCACAAUUGUGGUCCCGUCUCCGGUUCCCUCCAUUGCCCCCUGGAGAUGCCCAAGGCCAGCGCUUUCCCAUAUUCUUGUCCCAGCUAGAGAGAUCGCUCGACCGCUCAGGCGCACUUCCACUAGACUUGUCGAUUUACGCCAUAUCGUUCACGGAACACAUCGAACCGCAACGCUUCGAUACCGCCAAUAUCAAUGCAUUCUACGACAGAUUUUGUCGCCAUAGACAUCGUUGGCGGACGCUCGUCCUCACUAUUCAUCAGCACGACUCGUUCCCCAACCUCGAAGCGACCUCACUUCCUCUACUCGAAUCCCUGGAUAUUCACACCGAGCCCACUGGAGCCACGGCACACCUCGAUGUUCUUCCACGGGCAUCAAUCACGGCACCACGCCUUCGAACAGUGAGCCUCGAGGCCGACGACCUCGGUCGUUGGGCCCUCCCAUGGUCGCAGUUAACGCAACUAUGCCUCAAUAAUCGCUCAUGGAUCGACCUCCCCGACCAUCACACUCUCACACUUCCUGCCUUUCGAACGAUCCUCAUAGAAUGCUCAGGUCUGCGGACCCUGACUUUAGCGCUCACGUUUGCGGACAGCUUCGUACGCUGGCGCGACGGGGACGUAGUCGUCUUACCCGAACUAGAGACAUUGCAUUUGGAUGCCGUGUCUUCCACCAUGCUGAAUGUGCUCCUUCGCCAUAUCUCUGCACCCAGACUACGCGUCCUAGACAUUCGACCUUGCGAAAAUUUCUGGUGGAAUCCCUCCGCUCUUUCGUCCCUUCGCGACUCCGUCAAGCGACAUGCCCGGACUCUCGAGGUACUCCGUCUCCCUCGGCUAGGAAUCGAAGAGCAGACCCAUCAUAUUUUUCAUUUGCAUUCUAUCAUCGCGGACGCCAGCCAUCUACGAAUACUCGAAUGUCACGUAUCGGAUAUCACGGCGACCACCCUUCGGGCGCUCGUGCUACAUUUUGCUCCCUCCGACGAGCUGGAAUCUGGACAGAAUCCUAUGUUGGUGGAGAUGUGUGUUCGAGGCGAUGUCAUCCCCGAUCCUUCAAAUUCCACGAUCGACUCCUUCAUGCGAUUGCUCCUGGACGUUAUCGAGUCACGGCGGUGGUUGCCUGAAAUUGCCUUCGACGCCAGUGGUAUUUCAGUCGGGCGUGUAACUACAGUCGAUCUAGGGCUUUUCGAGCGAUGGUUUGAGGAGGCGGCAGGGCAUGCGGAGAUAGAGAUGGAUGAGACGAUUCGAGCGAGAGUGCGUGCGUUGAAGGAGGAUGGGUUCAUUUUCGGUUAA